UACGAAAGACCGGACGGUGUAUCGCGGGGAAGUCGUUUCCCGAUCGUCGAGACAAUCGCCGCGCCGCCGUCCGCUCUUGUUAGUCGUCGGGCACGGUGGUGGCUGUCGGCGCGAUGUUAUACGACAUUAAGUGGAUCAUACCGAAAUUACGGAACCCGUCCCGACUGUGGAACAUCGCGAGCAGCAUAACCUUCGCGGCGGUGGGCAUUUUUUCGAAAAUCAUCAUAGAAUGGCUGAACAAAACGACAGUGUACAACAAGCACAUUAUUGUGCGCGCCUUAGACCUCCGGCCGAAAAAUGUUCCGCUCAUUACCGUGUCGAAUCAUCACAGUUGCUUCGACGAUCCGGGUAUAUGGGCGACCCUGGACUCCAGGCACGCGUUUAGCAGACGUAAGGUACGAUGGUCGCUCGCCGCGCAUGACAUUUGUUUCACGAAUGUCUGGCAUUCCUACUUUUUCAUGCUCGGCAAGUGCAUACCCAUCGUACGAGGCGACGGCGUGUAUCAGGAAGCCAUGGACUUCUGCAUCGAAAGGUUGGCCCUUGGCGAGUGGGUGCAUGUCUUCCCCGAGGGAAAAGUCAAUAUGCUUAAGGAAGAGAUGAGGUUAAAAUGGGGCGUGGGUAGGUUGAUAUUAGAGUCACCCAUCACACCUAUCGUAAUUCCUAUCUGUCAUCUCGGUAUGGAUGAAGUACUCCCCAACGAACCGCCGUAUAUGCUUAAAGUGGGAAAAAGAGUUACCAUGAAUUACGGUGAGCCCAUAGACCUUAGCGGAUUGCUGACCGAAUUGCGGGAAUCAAAAGCAAGUGAGGUGGAUGCGCGAAAAGCGAUAACUGAUCGCAUACAGCAAGAGCUUUCCAGAUUGAAAGCAGCGACGGAAAAACUUCAUGCUAAGUUAUGACGAAAAUUAUCCUUUUUUCGUCGUUCCUCCAUCUAGCCUUAAUUUGCCAAAAAUAUAAAGAGAAAUUCAU